GCGGAGGGAAGUAUGAGGAAAUCGGAGGAACGGAAGGCUGAAGGACGUAGCGAGUGAGCACGAUGAGACGAUGUCGUGAGCAGCAAUCAAGCUUCGGGUUUGCUCGCUCGGUGGACUGUUGCUGAUUUGGCAAAGUCCCCGGCGCCGUGGCUCCUUUGCGAUGAGCGCCUCAGUCCUCGGCAGCUGGCUCUUCUUCUUCGAGUUUCUGGAUGAUGAGAUGCGCCAGCGAAGAGGCAGACAACGAUUGCGCCGGGUCCAGUGGGCGGAUCGCCACUUUAACUGACGAUUUGACAUCCGAACUGUGCUUGUUACAGCUGCUUCUGAUUUCUGGAGACGGAGGAGAGGGAGAGGGAGAGGGAGAGACAGGAGAACGAGCGAGAAAGGUUUGAGAGAGGGUUUAGUGGCAAAGACGGGGAAACAAGGUGGAAGAGAGUCAUGGCGCCCCGCAGCUCAAUUGCUGCUCGUGCGGGCUACAUUUGUGUCUUCCUUUUCACGAUAUUGACGUUGGCUGCCACAAUCGAAGCUCAGCAGAACAAGGAGGCGAAUUAUCUGAUUGGAGUUGGGAGCUAUGACAUCACUGGUCCCGCUGCGGAUGUGAACCUUAUGGGCUAUGCGAAUCCGGAGCAAAAUGCUGCCGGGAUUCACUUUCGCCUGCGUGCGAGGUCCUUCAUUGUUGCAGAUCCUGCGGAAACCAACAAUCGCGUACUUUUUGUAAAUUUGGAUGCGUGUAUGGGAGCGCAGAGUGUCACACUUCAUACGUUGGCGCGUCUGAAAAGCAGAUACGGAGGCCUGUACACGGAGAAGAAUGUCAUUAUAAGCGGUACCCACACACACUCAGGACCAGGAGGUUACUUGCAGUAUGUGCUUUACAUCAUCACAUCACUUGGCUUUGUUCGUCAGUCCUUCAACGCGCUGGUUGAUGGCAUAGAACAAAGUGUUAUACAAGCUCAUGAAAACUUGAGGCCUGGUUCUAUUCUUGUCAAUGAGGGGGAGCUUUUGGGGGCAAACAUCAAUCGUAGUCCAAGUGCAUAUCUAAACAAUCCAGCUGAUGAGCGAGCAAAGUAUACAUACGAUGUGGAUAAGACGAUGGUAUUAGCCAAAUUCGUGGAUGAAGAGUGGGGUGAAGUGGGAGCCUUCAACUGGUUUGCUGUACACGGCACCUCAAUGAAUCGUACCAACAAACUGAUCAGUGGUGACAACAAAGGAGCAGCAGCUCGGUUUAUGGAAGACUGGUAUCUUCAAAGAUCUGUCGAGUAUUCCAUCCUUGCAGACACUAAGAAGCUUGACUUCGCUUCAGAUGGACACAGAGAAGCUUUUCAUCGCGUUCAAUCGGAACAAGUAUCUCAUGAAUUUUAUAAAAGCUCUGGAGGAAAACAAAGCACAAAGUUGAGCAGCAUUAUGCAUCGAGUAAGGAGUCCAAUGAAGGAUUCUUUGAAACCUCCUUUCGUGGCUGCCUUCUGUCAGAGUAACGUGGGAGAUACAACACCAAAUAUUCAGGGAGCUUUUUGUGUAGAUACGGGAUUAUCGUGUGAUUUCAAUCACAGUACUUGCAAUGGACAGAAUGAGUUGUGCAUUGGCAGGGGCCCUGCGUAUCCGGAUGAUCACUUUGCGAGCACAAAAAUAAUCGCUGACCGGCAGUUCAAACGUGCAGUUGACCUCUUUGAUUCGGCCAAGGAGCAGUUGAUUGGGAAGAUUCAGUAUAAGCAGACAUACGUAGACUUCAGCAACGUGGUAGUAAAGCUUCCAAACAAACAGGUUAUUAAAACCUGCCCCGCUGCUAUCGGGUUCAGCUUUGCUGCGGGAACCACGGACGGACCCGGUGCUUUCAAUUUCGAGCAAGGAGACAAUCAGGGAAACCUUUUCUGGAAGGUGGUUGGGAGUUUCUUAAAGAAACCUUCAGAUGAACAGAUAGAAUGCCAGAAGCCGAAGCCUAUCCUGAUUGAUACUGGAGAGAUGUACGCACCGUACGCCUGGGCGCCUUCAAUCCUCCCUAUUUCAAUACUGAAGAUCGGCCAGCUCGUCAUUCUCGGCGUACCUGCUGAAUUCACUACCAUGUCUGGACGUCGUCUUCGAGAUGCUGUAAAGAGUACUCUUAUCCAGCAAAGUAAUGGGGAAAUUGGCAACGAUGUACGUGUUGUAAUUGCCGGUCUCGCCAACGGAUACUCGCAGUAUGUUGCAACUUUUGAAGAGUACGAGGUUCAGCGCUAUGAGGGUGCGUCAACAUUGUUUGGACCACAUACGUUGAGUGCUUACAUUCAGGAAUUUACGAAGCUGGCUACAGCUCUUGUGAAAGGAAAUGACGUCUCCCCUGGUCCUGCACCUCCCGAUAUGGUGGAUAAACAGCUGGAAUUUCUUCCUGGUGUUCUGAUGGAUAGUACUCCUAAUGGGAAGAAUUUUGGUGAUGUGAAAGAGGAUGUUCCAGCAAAUGCUUCUUACACCGUAGGCGAUAAGGUCGAGGUGGAAUUUUACACGGGUUGUCCUCGCAACGACCUUCUUACAGAGGGAACAUAUGGUUUGGUGGAAUUGCUGGACUCAUCUGGCAAAUGGAUUCCAAGCUAUGACGACGAUGACUGGUCAACACGCUUCUCUUGGUACAGGCCGAAGACGAUGAGCCCUGAAAGCUACGCAGUCAUUACCUGGGCGAUUCCCCAGACAGUGCAAGCCGGUACAUACAGAAUCCGUCAUUUUGGUUCUUACAAACACCUAUUUGGAUCCGUAAAGCACUUCACAGGGACAUCAAGUAGUUUCAAGGUUGUCACUUAGGAAUCUCGAGGCCACCUCAGCAGAACUGCCUCUUCCAUUACUGAUAGAGACGGGGCAGAUGUAGGUUGUACAUUGCAAUUUAAGAUAGGUGGGUAGGUAGUAUACUUGUAAUAUACCUUGGCACUGCAUAUGAAAUAGAUUUUUUUUCAGAAGAACCCAUGACAACUUCAGGAGUUUUCUUAUCCUUAUGCACUUUCUCCUGCAUGAACAAUUCGGUGAACAUCGGAGGUGUGUCACUGACCACGGGCACAUUGGACAUGGGGGAGAACCACGUGAGAAACCCACCGGUCGAGUUUGCAGUAAUUUGUACUUUACAUGACAAUUUAUGAUUGUCCACAAAAACAAAGACUUAGAUAUAAAGCAGAUGCGGAAAUUUUUCGACGAGUGUAGAUGGAAGUAUCUGACUUUUUCCGUUCGGAAUGGA